AUGUCUACUGGAGCUGCUGUCAAGGGGGCAGCAGGAGACGUUUCCAGCGAUGGUCAUUCAAACACCGCUCAAGAGCCAGCCCCCAGGAAAGGUCUCUGUUCCGUCCGACAUGGCCUGGCCCUCAUCUUGCAGCUCUGUAAUUUUUCAAUUUACACCCAACAAAUGAACUUGAGCAUUGCCAUCACAGCCAUGGUGAACAGCACGGUGGCUCCCAGCCAGCCCAAUGCCUCCACGGAGAUGCCCCUCACGCAUCCCCAGGACCCCUGGAACUCAUCUCUAAAGGAAUCCAAGGCAGGGGCCCCUGCAUACGACUGGAGUCCUGAGAUCCAGGGCAUCAUCCUCAGCUCCCUCAACUAUGGCUCCUUCGUGGCCCCCAUCCCCACGGGCUAUGUGGCUGGGAUAUUUGGAGCUAAGUACGUGGUCGGCACCGGCCUGUUGGCUUCCUCCGUCCUAACCCUCUUCAUCCCGCUGGCGGCUGACGCUGGAGUGGCCUUGCUCAUCGUCCUUCGGGUCAUCCAAGGCAUCGCCCAGGUUAUGGUAUUAACAGGUCAAUAUUCAAUUUGGGUCAAAUGGGCUCCCCCGCUGGAAAGGAGUCAACUCACAACCAUUGCUGGAUCAGGGUCAAUGCUGGGGACCUUCAUUGUCCUUCUCACUGGUGGCCUCAUCUGCCAGAACAUAGGAUGGCCUUAUGUCUUCUAUAUAUUUGGUGGAAUUGGGUGUGCCUGCUGCCUCCUCUGGUUUCCUCUCGUUUACAAUGACCCUGGGAAUCACCCCUUCAUCAGUGCUGGUGAGAAGAGGUACAUCGCGAGCUCCCUGGCCCAACAGGACUCUUCACCAGGCUGGACUCUGCCCUUAAAAGCCAUGAUCCUCUCGCUGCCACUUUGGGCCAUCRUAGUCUCUUAUUUCUGUGAAUACUGGCUUUUCUAUACCAUAAUGUCGUACACGCCCACGUACAUCAGCUCCGUACUUCAAACCAACCUCAGAGAUAGCGGGAUCCUGUCGGCUCUGCCAUUUGUGGUUGGCUGUGUCUGUAUCAUCCUGUCGGGUCUCCUGGCCGACUCUCUCCUCUCCAGAAGAGUCCUCAGACUUGUCACCAUCAGGAAGCUCUUCACGGCCAUAGGUGUGGUCUUCUCCUCUGGGGUCCUGGUGGCCCUGCACUGGGUCAGAUACAGCCACAGCACCACCAUGGUCUUCCUGGUGCUGUCCUCUGCCUUCAGCAGCCUCUGUGAAGCCGGCGUGCUGGUGAACUUCUUGGAUAUCGCUCCUCGGUAUGCUGGCUUCCUCAAGGGGCUGAUGCAAAUCUUUGCACACAUAGCAGGAGCCAUCUCGCCCACCGUAGCAGGAGUGCUCAUCAACCAGGAUCCAGAGGUUGGCUGGAGAAACAUGUUCCUGCUGGCCGCUGCCGUCAACAUCUCAGGUCUGGUCUUCUACCUCAUCUUCGGCCGAGCAGAAGUUCAGGACUGGGCCAGAGAGCGGAGAUUCACCCACCUCUGA